UCUGCUACUUACUCCCCUCUUCACUUGGCUUGUGGAGUUCAUCAGCGAGAGUAGUCUCGCUUUAUUUGUCUCAGUUAAUUUCUGAUCCGGAUCGCGAACAUGGAUUACAAGCUGCUGUUAUUUUUAACUAAUCUCGCUGCUUAUGCUGCGCUUGGCACAACAGCGUCAUGUACUGAGAAUGAUAUUCUAACCUGCUCCAAAGGAAUGACAGAUAUCGUAGGCGUUGUAGAUAUUAAUGCAGCAUGCAAAAUUGGUAAAGAAGCUGCGGAUUGUUUACUUGCGCUACAACCCUCAUGCGAUGAGGAUAUAAAGAGCAAAAUUGACAUGGGAUUGUCACAAGUAAACAGGUUACUCGGAGCUUGUAGUUUAACUGACUCAGACUGCACUGUCAUGAAAUGUAUUAGCUCAACCCUUACAAAUCCUCAGACACCUGCUAGCUUAGAAGAUGCUUGCAGGAUAGCAGGCCAAGCCUCCAAUUGUCUCGCAGAACAAAAAGUCAAAUGUGCUGGUGAUCAAAAUGCUACAGACAUGAUAGAAAGGCUUUUGCCUGGUCUCCAACAAAUGCUUGCUAAUUGCCCUUCUAGUGAUUCAGACUGCAAUGUCAUGAAGUGUAUGAACUCAAUCGUUGGCUUACCUCAGUCCCCACAAAACCAAGCAGAAGCUUGCAAGUUAGCAAAAGAAACUUCCAACUGUUUCACCGAACUAAAAGCUAAAUGUGCUGGUAAUCAACAAACUACAUCCCAAAUAGAAGCGGUUUCGCCUGGAAUCCUACAAAUGCUUGCUAAUUGCAAAGACAAUAAUGAGGAAGAUGAAGAAAAGAAAACAGGAACCCAGAGACCAGUUAACAAUAGACAGCAUAAAAAGAAAAACAAAACAGCUAAACGAGUUCUCACGCAAGUCCCAGUUGAAAACUCUCUAGGGUGCCGGGGAAACGUGGACCGCUGCAUGGCAGACUUUGAUCAUAAACUUUUUUUGAGUGUAAUCAAUCGCAAAGCUACUGAAGAAACAUGCAAAGGGGCGGCUGGCGUACGAGAGUGUGUACAUGAGGCUGAUCGCUUUUGCCAAACGUCAUCUGAUAGAGAGUUGUACAGCGAGAGAUACCUUAUGUUAACAUCAAUCAUAGAACUUUGCACAAGAGAAAAAGAAGAAUAUUUAACAACAGAUCUGUUAGAUUCGCCAUCUACAGCUUGUAAUGCGAAUGGCUUUUAUCUAUGCAAGAAAGGCUGGUCAAGAGUACGCAAUAUUCAUGACGAUGGCGAGAGGUGCAGAAUUCUCAAAGAUUCCAUUGAAUGUAGCAUACGAUUACGUAUGCUCUGUCCUGAUGUCAAAUAUAUACGUAGAGAAAUUCACGCCAUAUAUGAAACCCUCAACAUGACAAAGUUGUACCACACUUGCAUCGUUGGUACCACAAGAGAUCUCAUGCAGGUGCAGUUCUGCUUAGGAUACAUGGAGCGGUACCGAAGUAAUUUAGGACCAAUUAUAAACAAAGAAGACAUGUGCACCGAGUUACCAGUGGUCAAAGAGUGUGCGCGUGCGGUUGCAGCCAAUCAAAAUAAUUCGCAAGUUCAAGAGAUGUUCGGCUGGGUUACAGAACAGUUUAGACCAUUUGAAGAAGAGUGCAGAGUAGAUGAAGGAGAGAAAACAAAAAAUUCACUUAAAGGUAACAAAAUGGAUUCCAAAAAUUGUGCGAAAGUGAGGGAAUGCUUGGAAACCUUCACACUUUAUCGUCGAACUUUGACUGAAAACAAGAUUACCAGGGGAACAUGCAGAUCGUUUUCUGACCACAAGAAGUGUGUACAAAAUGCUGCUGGCGAAUGCAAAAACAAAAAACUUAUCAAAAAAGCAAAACAGGACAUACAAUCGGCUAAAAAGCAAUGCAAAGAAAUGAAAACAAAACAAAAAGAUGAUAGGAAGGGAAAAAAAGGAAAAGGAAAAAAACAAAAUAAAAAAAACAGUAACUGAAACAAAAAUCGUCUACAGAUGAGACAUCUAUCUUCAACCGUGAUUAUGACAUCGGCUACAAGCAAGCAGCGUUUCUUCCAGACUUUUCUCAACGGGG